CUCGAGCUCUAUCAGUUACUACCAAAUAUCAAAUACUUACCAAUCCUUCGUUUUCGUUGUCCGACAGUCAUCGCGCUGUUAAAAAUAAUUCUUACAUUUUUAUUUUCAAUUACUAUAUGAUCGUAGAUGUUUCUCAAUUGUGUAAAAUUAAUUCAAAAAUAUUAGUUUAUUCGAGCUAGUAAAAAACAUAUUUGCGUUUAAAUAACAUUUAUAUAAUAUUUAACUGGUGUUGUGUUUUAAGGAUAACAGCAAUGUCAAGUGAAACCGCAAAAAAUUUUUCAAAUCUCGAAACACCGGGGUAUGUUGGAUUCGCGAAUUUGCCAAAUCAAGUCCAUCGAAAAUCAGUGAAAAAGGGUUUUGAAUUUACACUCAUGGUGGUUGGUGAAAGUGGUUUAGGAAAAUCCACUCUGGUUAACUCACUGUUCCUUACUGAUUUAUACCCUGAAAGAGUUAUACCUGAUGCAACUGAGAAAACAAACCAAACAGUUAAAUUAGAUGCUUCGACUGUGGAAAUUGAAGAGAGGGGUGUCAAAUUGAGGCUUACUGUAGUUGACACGCCCGGAUAUGGUGAUGCAAUUGAUAACACAGAUUGUUUUCGGUCAAUAAUUCAAUACAUCGACGAGCAAUUUGAACGCUUCCUGCGUGACGAAAGUGGUCUCAAUCGUCGUAACAUCGUUGACAACCGCAUUCAUUGCUGCUUUUAUUUUAUUUCGCCAUUUGGACAUGGGUUGAAACCACUGGAUAUUGAAUUUAUGAAGCAAUUACACAAUAAAGUUAACAUUGUUCCUGUUAUUGCAAAAGCUGAUUGUCUAACCAAGAAAGAAGUACAGCGCCUCAAAACUAGGGUAAUGGAGGAAAUCGAAAGGGAAGGAAUAAAGAUUUAUCCACUCCCUGAUUGUGACAGCGAUGAAGAUGAAGAUUAUAAGGAACAGGUGCGGCAGCUGAAGGAGGCGGUGCCGUUCGCGGUGUGCGGCGCGGGGCAGCAGCUGGAGGUGCGCGGGCGGCGCGUGCGCGGCCGCCUGUACCCGUGGGGCGUCGUCGAGGUCGAGAACCCCGACCACUGCGACUUCAUCAAGCUGCGCACCAUGCUCAUCACCCACAUGCAAGAUCUACAGGAAGUGACGCAGGAGGUACACUACGAGAACUACCGCUCGGAGCGAUUAGCACGCAAUGGACAAAUUCCUAAACGCCACACUUCUAAUGAGAGUGGUUUGAGUGAAUCGGACUCUGGACUCACCAACGGUUCAAAUGAAGACGCUACGGAACGCGAACGUGCUUUGCGUGAGAAGGAAGCCGAACUGCGUCGCAUGCAGGAGAUGCUGGAGCAGAUGCAGCGACAGAUGCAGCUCCAGGCCGCCGCCAACUCAUCUGCAUAGUGCACGCAAAGCGCUCAGCUGGAUACUGGUAGGGCUGUCCAGCUGGUGGAGGCGUGUGACGUCGUCAACUCCAUUCUACGCGCUAUACCCUACUGCGUUACGUCAACAUAAAAGUAACGAACAACAAAAUCUCCAUCAAGAUCUUAGUAUCACUGCUUUUAAAUGUUUGUUAAAUCAACAACAAACGGCUUUGAAUACGUCACCAAUAAUAUACACUAAGUAAUGAAUACUCAAUCAAUUAAAUGGCAUCGAAUAAAUGUUUAACAUACCUCUUUACCUGUAAAUUUUGUUCAGCGGGUGAUUAGGGAUUAUUUAAUGCUGUCUACUUUCUUUGAAUGUUAAAUAAGUGAUGAUAGAAAGAGAUAAAAAUAGUUUUCAACUAAAUGCGCGCUAAACAAUUUUUAUAAGUAAGGGCGUAUAUUAUCAGCACUCCUAACAAUGUCACAUGAUUCAUUCUACGUUAUGAACAAAUUAUUUGUAUGAUUACAGUAAGCACAAUGAGGGUGCGUAAAGUGUCUUAUUCUAAGUAAUUAUUAGAUUAUGGUCAUAUACAUAGAUUAGUUAUGUGUAAUUGUUUGUACCAAGAUUCUAUAUACAAUAGUAGAAAAAAUGUCUCGCUUGUGUUAAUAUCUAUGAUAAUAAACAUUGCAAAAAUUGCUUUAAUUUAAUAUUGCAUUAAUUCUUCUUUUUAAAAGUUUUCUAAAGUCCGGCCUCUGAGUGAAUGCGUUCCUGAAUCCUGACUUUCAGUUGAUUUUACAAGUGAUAUAAAAAUAACUAUUUGACAUUUUAAUUUGUCAUCUUAUUUAUUUAAAAUGAAAUGUUGCACAGAGUUAUAACAUUUCUUGUAAGCUGAAAAAUUGAUAUCGUUUUUAAUUAUAUCAUUCGUUAGUAGGACAAAUAAACGAUACUAAUAACUUUAUCGUAAAUUGGUCGCCGCUUCAAAGUUGCGUCAUCUUUUAUCACUGACCUGUCAGGAAGGCAUUGUCUCCGGCAUUAUUAUAAUUAUUGUGAUUUUCACUUGACAAAUUAAUUUUUUUUGCUAUGCUAAAACCAUUGUUCAAUAUCUUGUUACGACUUUACCUAUGAAUGUUGUUUAAGGAGUGAUUUGUUAAACAGAGUUGUCUUCUUCUUUUGUAUGUCAAGGCAGUGAUGACAGAAAGAGAUAAAUCGGUGUUUAACUAAAUACCCGUUGAACAACGUUUAUGAGUAAGGCCGUUAGUUAUUAUGAUGAAAUCGAAAAUUCAAUCUAUAUCUAGUUAUUAAAAAUUUCAUGUAGACUAUCUAGACUUUUCAAAUUCGUAUGAUUCUCGAUACUAUUACCUAAAAUUAAGUAAUUAGAUAUAUUAAGUACUGAUUCUAGUUAUAAACGAAAUUUAAUCGAAAUAUUAACUUUAAUUAUUAGUCUAAUAUCUCAUUAACAUAUAUUUUAUUAUUGUAAUUAAAUUUUUUCAUAUAUUUUAAUAUUAUGUAAUGUCUAAUGUUACCUAUUAUAUCUGCAAUAAUAUAUAGUCGAUAUUAUGGUUGAAAUAGGACUGCAUAAAAUUGUUUUAUCAUCUUAUGAUGAUAUUUAUAAAAAACUUACAUAGGUUUUUAAGUCAUUUUAAAAUAAUAAAUGAUGAGAGCCACUUUAAAAGUGGUUGCAAUAAAUAAUCAUUGAGUAACAUCAAAAGAAAAGAUUAUAUCAUGAUUUGGAGUAAUUUUGAUAUAGAAACAUGUUUAACAAUAAAAAGUUUAUAAAGUUAGUUUAUAAACUAUAAUAAUGCGCGAUGUAUACUAGGUAUUGAUUGUAAUGACCAUUGUUUUUUACAAGCAAUAUAAACUAUUUUAGGUUCUUUCGAAUUACAAUUAAAAAAUGAUAAACAAUUUUAUGCAAGCUAUAACGAACCAUACUUUAUAAUUAUAUUCACACAAAAUAAAUGUAACUUACUAUUCGAGUGUUUAAUCACAAUAUAAUUUUAAUUAUUGUUUUAUAUAAAUUUUAGCGUAAUGAUAAUUUUGCUUUUAUAUAUUGAGUUUAUAUGUAAGUCCUCUGCGCAAAAGUAAUAAUAACAAAAUUCUAUUUUUAAUACACAUUUAAGAAUUAUUAAUAUCCGUGUUCAAUUAUAAAAUUUUAUUUCAUAAUCAUUUAUAAGUACCACUUUAGGUUUCCAAAAUUAUCAAUACUUUGAAUAAAUAAUAUUUAAUUUAAAUUAUUAAAGAAAUUAAAGAAUUCCUAUAUGUUAGGUCAAUUCUAUUUAACUGACUAAAAUAUAAUAUAUCACUUAUAAUAAUAUGCUAUGAUAUUAUUACAAGUGAUUAAUAGUAUAUAAUAUUUUAAUUGAUCUGAGAUUUUUGAUAUUUGACUUGUGCCAUCUGUCUUAAACUAAAUGACAAUGUUGUCAGUCGUGAAUAAUCAAUUAUAAGAAAUUAAGAAUUGAAUAUCAAUAUUAUGUUCUCUAUUAGUAUUAUUUUGAUUUUUUUUCUUAAUAUGUGGACUGAUUUACUAUCUUCCGUUUGUAAGUAUUAUUAAAUAUUUUUAGUUCAUUUCAAUUCUAUUUUACAAAUCUAUCAUAUAUCUCAGUAUAAUGUAACACUUUUUAAGUCAAUUUCAUGUACUAUUUGAGUUUUGCACGAAACAAUGUAGUGUAUAACCGUAUGAGAACUAAUUCUUUCAAAAAAUAGAACUGACUGUAACAUACAAAUAUAUAUAUUAUUUUAUUAUUAUGAAAAUAUUAUAGAUUUUGUACAGAAUGGAUUGAAAUGGACUAGUUUUUAUAAAUUAUUUGGUCUAUGCAACUGAAUCGUAUUAUCAUUUAAUUUUGUUUAAAUUUAUUGUGUUAAUGACAUGGAUUCUAGAAAAAAAAAAUAUUUAAUUUCAUUACGUGAAACUGUUAACUACACAAUAUUAUAUUUUAAAAAUAAAUAAAAGAAAACUAUAUAAAGUAUUAAAUGUGUUUGCAAAUGUAUAUGAUUUUAUUGUCACAGAUUAGUCUGUUUUUUAGAUUUCAAUUAUUUAUUUAUAUAUCAUCAGAUCACGCUUUUUUAUUUUGACCAAUAUUCUACGGCUACGCGAAGAAAAAUCGUGUUGUCGACGACUGAGGGCGCGUUAUUUCCAGUGUACUCGGGAAUACAGCAAAUAUGUCGAAAUGUUGGUCAAAGUAAUAGACAUGAUCACGGACAUGGCCACAGUGAUAUGUGUAAUUAAAUAAUGCGGUAUUGUAAGCGUUAGCAAUAUUUUGUAUCCCAUCAAUUAAAGUAUUACUGUAACGAAUUCAAAUUAAUGCUUUGAUAAAAUGUCAUAAGGGCAUAUUUCGGCAUAAAAUUACUAUCCUCUUGGUGCAUUUAUUAAUUAGAUAUUAUUAUUAUGUAAAAUUACACUAUACAUAAUGUUAAACAAAAUGAAGGAAAAGAUUAAAUAAAAAUCAUGAAAUAUUAGAUAAUGUUAGUGAAUCGGCUAGAAUUUUUGUCAUAGAUGUGGGUGCCAAAGUCGUAAAGAGGAAUGGUUCUGUUGACGAAUGUCGAUAAAAUUUGACUUUUCCAUGUUAUAAAAACCAAAUAAUUAUAAAAAUACCAUAUGUAAUCAUAUUUUUUUAUAAAAACAAAUAAAUUGUAGACAAAU